AUGGCCGCCACCACGUACGGCGCCCGUGAGCUCUACGGCGGGGCGAUGACUGUGCAAUUGCCAGUGGAACUGAUUGAUUCAAGCGACAUCCGCCAGAUCCCGGACCAUCAAGAAGUCUUCCUCUCCCCGACGACGCUCACGUCCAUCAUCUUCGAGAUCAACGACUACGUCCGGCCCCCCAGCGGCGGCGGCGGCGGCGCUGGCGCUGCGAACAACCACCUCAGUCCGUCACCAGGACCGACGACCACCACCUCGACCACCACGGCGGCGGACGGGACGACGACGACAACCACGACCACGGCCGUCAGCCAGGUUUUCGUCACCGGCAGCCCUGCCGCCGCGGCGCCCGCAGCGUCACCACAGGGUACUCGUCCACAGGAGGAGCUGGACGCCGAGGCCGCAAAGUACCACUUCACGGACGUGAUUUCCCCUCCAGACACGCUGGCCUCGCCGCUCCCGGACCCGCAGCCGAUCAAGAUGGUCGACCCCAGCCUGGCGGGCUACCCGGCGUACAUGCUGGCGGGGAACAUCAACAGCCACGAGAUGGCGCCACGGUCGUCGUCGUCGUCCUUGGCCGCUCCAAAUGCAUCAUCGUCAGCAGCAACCUCGUCAGCAACAUUACACCACCACCCUACCUCGUCCUCCAACUCAUCUUCUGCCUCGCGUCGUUCCGACCUGAUCUCGCUGGUCCACCAGCUCGCGCUCCUGAUCCGGCUGCAGCCCUACAACGCCGACGUGUGCGUGCGCAUCAACGUCCCCGUCAAGGAGUUUGUCGAGGCCGGCCAGCGCGUGGGAUCCCCCGACCGCGGCGGCGCCACCGAUGCCAUGAUCGCCGAGGAAGUCGGCAAGGCGCGCGACGUCUUUGCGCACAUUGUCGGCACCUUGGCCGUCAGGGAUUGGCAUCUCUUCAAUCCCUGA